AUGGAGGUGGGCGCCCAGGAGGAUGGCGUCCCAAUGGCGGCCGCCUCCAAGCUGUUGUCCCUCAGCGGCGUUUUCGCCGUGUACAAGCCCAAGGGCCUCACGUCGGCCAAGCUGCUGAACCAGCUGAAGCGGAAGCUGCUGGCAGAAGCUGGAAUAUCUUUCCAGCAUGGAAAGAAAAGGAAGAAGCAGGCUCUGAAAAUUGGACACGGAGGGACUCUGGACAGUGCAGCCACAGGAGUUUUGGUGAUUGGAAUUGGAAAAGGAACAAAAAUGUUGAGUGGACUGUUGUCAGGUUCCAAGAAGUAUGUUACCACUGGACAACUAGGGAAAGCCACCGAUACACUGGAUGCUACUGGGAAAAUAACAGAAGAGAAGCCUUAUGAUCAGAUAACCCAGAGAGAUAUGGAAUGCAUUCUGGAAAAGUUUACAGGGGACAUCAUGCAAGUUCCUCCACUCUAUUCAGCUUUGAAGAAAGAUGGACAAAGGCUCUCAACUUUGAUGAAGAAAGGUAAAACAGUAGAGGCCAAACCGGCGAGGCCAGUCACAGUGUACAGUCUCUCUCUUCAGAAGUUCCAGCCCCCGUUGUUCACACUAGAUGUUGAGUGUGGAGGAGGUUUUUAUAUCAGAAGCUUGGUCAGUGACAUUGGCAAAGAGCUCUCUUCCUGUGCCACUGUGCAAGAGCUGACGCGAACCAAACAGGGACCAUUUACCCUCGAAGAGCACGCCCUUCACGAAGACAAAUGGACAAUUGAUGCGAUAGCCCAAUCCCUAGAGUAUGGCAUGUCGCUUCUCCCCCAAGAGCCGGCUCUUGAAGAAUUCAAAGAGGAGGAUUCUGAAGAAUGUGCGGCCUUGUCCAACUACAUCUGGAUCUCUGGAAAAACAUCCAUGACUUGAACUGAGAGAGAUAAAGGUCCAAGUUUUGUGAUUUUUUUCAUCCAUCAACACUCAAAUUGCACUCGUAAUAAAUGCUGAUGCUCAUCCUCUGAGCUCAAAUACUGGUCA